AUGAUCCACGAUACAGGGGCCUCAAUCAAUAACGAGCCCUCUAAAGAUCCAGAACCAGCUGAAAGCCACAGCAUCACUGACGUCGAAGUUGUUGAGGCGCUGCAGAAGGGCAUCCGCGAAGCUGCUAGUGAUAACGUUAGAGAGGAGCUGAUCAACGAGGGAGAGGCGUCGCUCUAUUAUGACUCUUUGACCAUGUCGCCCUUGAAUGCAAUGUCCGCUGCCGCUAUUGCCCGCUUCCGCGCCUACAAACCUCCUUCAUUCCCGCUAUGGGACCGUCUUCCGGUUCGGAGACGGGCUGCUGUCUUGAUACUGCUCUAUGCUGACCGCCGCGGUGAUUUACGUGUUGUCAUCACCAUGCGUGCUGCGAGCCUAAGGAAUUUCUCGGGGCAUGCCGCCUUCCCUGGAGGCAAAGCGGAUGAUGCUCAAGAGACACCAUUUCAGAUCGCCCGCAGAGAAGCCUGGGAGGAGAUCGGGCUUCCAAUGGAUGACUCCAAACUCCCUAAGCCAUUCCGCGUAGAGCAUCUCUGUUAUCUGCCACCUUCUCUAGCCCGGACGCACCUCGUGGUAAGACCUUGCGUUGCGUUUCUACACGCGGAUCAGCGAACAGCAGGAGAGCCCGCUCCUACUGUCGAGGAGACCAUGAUCCCCCGUUUAGACGCGCGCGAAGUCGCUGCUGUCUUCAGCGCUCCUUUCUACAACUUCCUCCAGGCGAACGACCUCCCUCCUGCUCCUGGUGAGACACUCCCCGAAGGACAAUGGUACGAUGGCUUCUGGCAUUCAUGGAAAGACCACCAAUGGCGGGUGCACAACUUUUACGUGCCCGUGAAUAAUCAGAGCAUAUCCAAGCCACGAAAGGACAGCGAGCAAAGUCAUCUGGUCGAGAAGUUGGAAAAGGAAGAGGAGCCAGAUGGCAGGUUCAAGGUAUGGGGGAUGACGGCGCGCAUCCUAGUAGAUGCGGCUAGAAUUGCAUAUGCACAGGAGCCUGGAUUUGAACAUAACGACAAUUUCGGUGACGAGGAUAUUAUUGCGCAUGCGGACAGCUUGGGAGAGCUGGGGGAGAAAGUUCAAGAGAAGCCACAUGAAAAGAAGAUUGAACCUGGUGAUGCAGCGAAGAUGUAG